AUGCAUUCCACCACAAUCAUCUCCACGGUCAUUGCUGCCAUUGGCAUGUUCGCCAGCAUUACUUCCGCCGAAUGCACAGUCAAGUGGACAGACACAAACUGCUGCUUGCACGACAAGAAGGCGCGCACGCUUCAGGAUGGAUGGACUACCGUCAUCCCCGGCACGAAGACUGGCGGAGAAAUCCGUUUUGCAGAUGGCAAUCUGUGCCCAGACUCAGUCAGAGCCACUUGCAAGGCGAACUGCUGCGACCCGACAACUGGAUGGUGCAAGGGUUGCCCUAAGUAA